UGCAGCCAAAGCCAGCCUGUUGUUGUUUUUGCUUGGGCGUUAAAACCAAUUCCCCGCUGUAUAUAACAUUAAACAAUCCCAGUCGCUAGUGCUGCAAUAAUUUACAUAAUUUGCAUUUGCACAACACACUCGGCGGACUAGCGAAAAGAAGAUGUGAAAAUAACUAGGCAACGAAAAUGCGUAUGGCGAAAAAUCGGUGCACCUGAAAACAGGGCAAAACGACGAAUUGGCGAAAACACCCAGCGUACAAAAUCCAUAGAUGGAUAAAUAAAGGCCUCUGCGUUCAAUCUGUUCCUAAUUAAGUGCUUAUUAAUUCAUUUACUUGCAUAUUUGUGCUGCGCUGCAAUUAAGUACCCACCGAUCGACCUUUUAGCGGCGAGGAGGAGAACAAAGCUUUCCGGGCUCUUGGCCAUGUCAUGUGGCGAGAAUUGCGACAGCUGCCACCACCGACGACGUCGUUAAUCCAACUCGGCGCCUGCAUUAGUCAUACGAGGAAUGAGGAUGACAGACGGCCCAGGGGAACGGCGCCAGCACAACGAACCAGGGAGCGAACCAAAAGCCAAAAGCCAAACUAGAAGCGGAAGGCAAACAGUUAGCUAAUUAGCAUAACAUAGCCAGCGAAGGAUUCCGGGCCGCGAGCGCCAAAACGGAAGAUGUUCAAGAUUAGGCAGCGCAAUUGCAUGCUGAUUGUGACGGCCCUGGUGCUGGCGCCCUGCAUUGUGAUCCUGAUGGUGAUGGGACCGGAGCUAUCCACCGAACAGUCGCUGACGCAGCGCCUGGCCGAAUGCCACAUGCGGCUGCAGUACCUGGAGUCCAUGUACCGAGCCCGCCAGGAGGACGUAUCCCUGUUGUCCCAAUACCUCGGUCAGCUGCAGAGUGUCAAUGGGACGGGGACCAGUGCUGCUCCUCCGCCGCCACCGCUGUCAGUGGUCAAUCUGCUCGAUGGCCUAAGUCCCGAGGCCAGGCAACUGCUGCGGAACGCUUCGCACAUCGGCAAGGGUGGCGGUGCGAACGGUUCGAUGGCCCGGAAUCAAAACAUACGGCUGCCGAAUGCCUAUCACUUUUUGCCGCAUCUCCUCGACGAUGCGGGCUCCCUGCGGCCCGCCUACUUGCAAAGCAAGGGUCGUUCGGACGUGAGCAUUGUACUGGGCGUGCCCACCGUGCGGAGGGAGAAGCAAUCGUAUCUGCUCGGCACCCUCCACAAUCUCAUCGAGAACAUGAACGACGAGGAGCAGAACGAAACGCUGAUUAUCGUGUACAUAGGGGAAACGGAUCUGGACUCGGUGCAAUUGAUUGCCCGCCAAAUCGAGGCGAGCUUUGAGCAGCAUGUGGAGAGCGGACUGAUCGAUAUAAUAGCUCCGGCUGCCAGUUACUAUCCCAAUUUCGAGCGGCUUCGCAUAACGCUUAACGAUCCGUUGGAGCGCGUCAAGUGGCGCAGCAAGCAGAACUUGGACUUUGCCUACCUGAUGGCCUAUGCCCAUUCGAAGGGCACCUUCUACGUGCAACUGGAGGAUGAUAUACUGACCAAGCGACAGUUCAUCACCACAAUGAAGAAAUUCGCACUGAUCAAGAGCGCCCUGACCAAACCCGACCAGCCGGCCUGGUUUGUGUUGGACUUCUGCCAGUUGGGCUUCAUUGGCAAGAUGUUCAAGAGUGCGGAGCUGCCCUACCUGAUCACCUACUUUCAAAUGUUCUACAACGAUAAGCCUGUCGACUGGCUGCUCACCUAUUUCAUUGAGUCCAAGGUGUGUCGCACGGACAAGGAUCAGAAGCACUGCAACCAGGAGAAGGCCAAGUACUGGCAGCACUUUCGCAAGUCUCUGUUCCAGCACAUCGGCACUAGUUCCUCGCUGAGGGGCAAGGUGCAAAAGCUCAAGGACAAACAGUUUGGCAGCAAAGUGCCGCAGUAUUAUGCCCAUACACACAACCCGGCGGCUCUGGUCAAGUCCAAUAUUGCUCCGUACAAGAACUAUCUGUUGAAGCGAGCCUAUCGAGGUGAAUCCUACUUUUGGGGCUUGCUGCCGCAACCCGGUGACUUGGUGCAGAUCAUCUUUGAACGACCCACGCAACUGCGACACUAUCUCUUCCGGAGCGGAAACUCGGAGCAUCCGUCGGAUAGAUUCUACAAUACCACCGUGGAGCUGCUGCCAGCGGACACGCUGAGCGAGAAUUCCUCGGUGUGGAGCAACUACAACACCACCACUGAUGGCUACCUGGUGGUGGGCUCGUUCGACAGCUUGGGCGUCGCGGAGGGCCUCUUGGAUGCCAAGAUCGGGGCCAUCAAGGAAUUGCGCCUCCACGUGCACAGCGACAGCGAGAACUGGGCCCUGCUCAGCGAGAUCGAGCUGCAGGAGUGGGGCAGUGAUCCGAAGCAGUCGGAGGCGAAUGCGGCGAAGCCACGGUUUGUGGCGGGCAGCUGAUUGCUACAUCGCAAUCGGCAACGGCAGGAUUGGGAGGAAUAGAAAUCGAGUCAACCAACCUCCUUCAGUUGAUGCCUAAUCUAAUACCCAUCCACAAUUUGUCUAUAUCUGUUAAGAUCGGGUCGAUGUCGUUGGGAAAAAGUCGUGGAAGCCAAAAGUUAUUUCGAAGUAAUUUCUCUUGAUUCUUAAAAAAAAAAAUUUUUUAUUGUUUGUAUAAAAGUUUUUCCUUGCUUCCUAGACUUUUUUUUUUUGAAUGUUUUUUGCAUUGAAACGCAUCGACCCAUCCUAAAAUCUGUACAUCUGUGUGUAUAUUUUUCGAAUGAUGCUUUUACCCUCGAUUAUCUCAAUGUGUAAAUAAUCUCUCUCGCUCUCCUAACUGUAAGUCCCUAGUUAUAAGACCUAUAAGGGACUGCAGACCAAUAAUAUUGCUCUAUAUCCCCAGAACCAAUUUGUUACGGUUUCUAUUAACUUAAGCGUUACAAGCCAACAACAAUAUCACUGGUCUGCAGUCCGCUAAAAGGCCUAUUGAAACCCCAAGCUAUCAGUGUUUUUUUUGCGUAUAUCCAUGUGGAUUUGAUAUACUCCAAGUGCCCCUUCGAUUUUUUCAUGGUGGUUAAAUGUAUUCAUAUAUUAUUGUGUCGGUCAAGUGUUGUGGGCUAUGUAACUGAAGCGAUUCCCCGAAUAUUCCUAUGUUAUUUAAAUAUUAUCUUUUGGUUUAAUUUUGCGUUAGAUUUAAGUGUUAACCUCAUUUUAUCGGCAACCGAACAAAAACAUUCCAAUUUAAUUUGUUUUCAUUUGCUGAAUCUCCACGUGAUCAAGAAUCUCGAACUCGCUGAAAUCCUAUCGAUCAAAUUAUGGUAUAUUCGAAUAUUGUUACACACCUAUGUUUAAUCUUUGUAGUAUUUGGUUAAAAGUAUUCCCCCCUACUGUCUAAUAAUUUAUCUUAAUUUAAUGAAUUCAUCCAGCAUGCUUAAAUCAGUUAUAAAUAGCCAACUCCUUGAACUUGAAGCCAUAACUACAUAAACAUAAUAAUAUGCAUUACCAUAAACAUUAAAGCAUAUAAUAACGAAA